AAUCUUGCUUAUUAUAUGAAAGCUGAAGCCAUCUUCAUAUGUCAAAAACCUUCUUAACAGAUCAAUGGCCAUGGUCAAGUGCUUAGCUUAUCAACAGCCCGAUCUCCCUAUCAUUUCUUCCAACUCAGUUUCAAAAUUUUGGAUUCUUUUCCUUGUACUUAUUACCUCCUUUUCCCUCUUCCUCCCCUGUGAAACCGAAGCCACCAAUGGCAAUUGUAAGCAGUCAAAUGCAAAGCCGAUGGUUAUCGGCGUUCCAGGGAGAACCUCGUUCCAAAAAUUUGUGACAGUAUUGAAUGCAAGUGAUUAUGUUAACGGAUAUGAUGGUUUUUGCAUUGAACUUUUCAAAGAAGUGUUAAAGGUUUUGGAUUGUCCUCCAUCUUACAGAUUUGUGGCCUUCAAUGGAACCUAUGACGAACUGGUGAAUCACGUAUAUAACAAGACCUAUGAUGCUAUUGUGGGUGACAUAACCAUACUAGCUGACAGAUUAGACAAAGUGGAAUUCACGCAGCCAUAUGCAGAAUCAGGCUUGUCGAUGAUAGUUCCAGUCAAAUCUGAAAAAUCGGCUUGGAUAUUUCUGAAGCCGUUCAACUGGCAAAUGUGGACGAUCACUGGCGCCACCUUGAUCUACACAAUGAUCAUAGUUUGGAUCUUGGAGCGACAACCUAAUUCUGAAUUUAGAGGUCCAUUGGUUAAUCAGAUUGGCACUACAGUAUGGUUCACUUUCUCAUCCCUUUUCUUCGUUCACAGGGAGAGAAUUAGCAGUAAUUUCACUCGGGUGGUGGUGGUAGUGUGGCUAUUUGUUGUGUUCAUCUUAACUUCGUGCUACACUGCUAGUCUGACGUCAAUGCUUACCAUCCAACGGAUGCAGUCAGAUAUUACAAAUAUUGAUUGGUUAAUAAGAAACAAUUUAACAAUCGGCUGUGAUGGAGAUUCAUUUGUAAGGGAUUACCUGCAGAAUGUGUUAAAGUUUAAUGCAGAGAAAAUCAAGAACGUUAGCAGCGAAGACGAUUACCUCAAGGAAUUUCACCAUAAACAAAUAUAUGCUGCAUUUCUUGAGCUCCCAUAUCAGAAAGUCUUCCUCAACCAUCACUGCAAGCAAUAUGCGUCAAACACACCCACCCGUAGAUUUGGAGGAUUAGGCUUCGCAUUUCAAAAUGGCUCUCCAAUGGUAGCUGAUUUUUCCAAAGCUAUAUUAAAGCUAUCGGAGAAUGGAAGGCUGGUAGAAUUGGAAAAAAAUUGGUUCCCUUCAGAGUGUUCCAGAGAUCCGACUGACAAUGAAACUGAUAGAUUGAGCCACAAAAACUUUUGGGGUCUCUUCUCUAUAUCGAGUGCAACUUCUACCAUUUGUUUCCUAAUACUUGUAAUUAAGGUGUAUUGGCUAAAUGAAGACCAAGCCAAUAGAAGUCCUAACGAGAGCAGGAUGGUUAGUAUUGCAAGGUUUAUCUAUUAUGGAAGAACUGCUUCUCCAAGUGUUCCUGCAGCCUCCUCUUCUCCUGAGAUCGAAGAUGGGAACAAUCCUAAUGCUUCUCCAAGAGAAUCUUCAGGCCUUCUGAUUAAUCGCGGCGGAGAUCAUUAAUAAUUGUAUGGACAAUAAUACACGCACGACAUUUCCUGAUUUUGAAAAUUGAGCAGCCCAUAAUUCCACAGGUUUAUUGUCUUAAUUCUUCUGUCUGGGAAUCAUACUUUAGCUAAAGUGGUUGUUUUUAUGUCUGAUAGGAAUCAGUUGUUUGUUUCAAAUUAUACUUAUGUACAUUAAAUUCUAAAUUAAUUAUUUUUAUUUAAAUUA